AUGUUCAAUAGUUAAAAUGCUUAGGUAUUAACUGCCAUAAAAGAAAUAUUUACUAUAAAAUGUAGAGAAUAUAAUUUUAAUAAUACAAAUGCCUUUAUCAAUCUUUAAACUUAUUGUAAUUAAAUCUCCUUAGAAAAUCCAGUAUUUUAUGAAUCGAACAUUGAUGAAAUAUUCAAUGGGGAUAGGAUUUAUGUAACUUAUUCUCUUAAAGUGAAAUCAGUCUUGAAUAAUGAUCUUCUCAUGAAUGGAACAUUGACUAGAGGGAUUAGAUAAUAUGAUUUCUUGCUUUCUUAGUUGGCUUAAAAUUGUUGA